AAUUAUAAGCUAGCCACUUUCAGGAGUAGCGCUGCUGAAUUCCUUUGCUCUUAACAUGGCCAUAGCCUUCUAUAACAUUCUUAUUUUACACCUACUUUGUUCCUUAUUUUUGCUUCUUCCUUCUGCCAAUUCAAUCAACUUCAGUAUUCCUCGCUUUGACCCGAAUGCAAACGACAUUCUCUACCAGGGAGAUGCAGCAGCUUCAGUUGGAGCCAUUGAAUUUAACAAGAUCAAUUAUCUAUGUCGUGUUGGUUGGGCCACGUAUGCUGAGGGGGUACAUCUCUGGGAUGCGAACACUGGUAAGCUGUCUGACUUCACCUCCCGUUUCUCAGUCACCAUUGACACCCAGAAUUCAUCAACUUACGGCCAUGGGGUUGCUUUCUUCCUUGCUCCCGUGGGAUCUCAAAUCCCACCAAAUUCAGCUGGUGGCUUUUUGGGCCUAUUCAACACUACCACAUCCGACUUAUCUACGAAUCAAAUAAUUAUGGUGGAGUUUGAUACUUUUCCAAACCCUGAAUGGGAUCCUUCCAUUGUGCAUGUGGGGAUCAACAACAACUCAAUUGCUUCAGCCGUAUACACACCUUGGAAUGCUAGCUUUCACAGCGAUGAUCCCGCUGAUGUACUGAUUACUUACAAUGCUACUACUAAGAAUUUAAGCGUGUCCUGGUCCUACAAAAAAACCAAUAAUCCAAAAGAGAACUCUAGUCUUUCUUAUCAGAUUGAUCUGAUGAAGGUUCUGCCUGAGUGGGUUAUGGUUGGUUUUUCAGCUGCUACAGGUCAGAAUGUAGAACGACACACGAUUCAGUCAUGGGAAUUCAGUUCAAGUUUGGAUAUAAAGGAGACAAAUGGAAAGAAUUCAAAAAACACCAGAAUUAUAAUUGCCACUACAAUUUCAACGGGUGUUGUGCUUGUUGGAGUGUUAAUAGCAUUUACGAUUUUGCGGAGGAGGAACCAGGUAAUGAGAAGGAAUAGAAGAGAAAUAUCAAAUGCAGCAUCAAUUACUGACGACUUUGAAAGAGGAGCUGGACCAAGAAGGUUUACUUUUCAGGACCUUGUUUCAGCUACCAACAACUUCGCAAAUGAGAGGAAGUUGGGUGAAGGUGGGUUUGGUGCUGUUUACAAGGGUUACUUACCGGAUUUAGAUAUGGCAGUAACCGUUAAGAAAAUAUCAAGAGGUUCUAGGCAAGGGAAAAGGGAGUACAUUACCGAGGUUAAAAUCAUUAGUCAGUUAAGGCACCGAUAUCUUGUACAACUUGUGGGUUGGUGCCAUGAUAAAGGGGAAUUUCUACUUGUGUACGAGUUCAUGUCUAAUGGUAGCCUUGACUCUCAUCUCUUUGACAAGAAAUCACUUCUUACUUGGACUUCAAGGUCAAAAAUAGCUCAAGGGUUGGCUUCUGUGCUCCUCUAUCUUCAUGAAGAGUGGGAGCAAUGCGUGGUACACCGGGACAUAAAAUCAAGCAAUAUAAUGCUGGACUCUAGCUUUAACGUGAAGCUUGGUGACUUUGGGUUAGCUCGGCUGAUGGACCAUGAGUUAGGCGGGCAAACAACUAGGUUGGUUGGAACAUUAGGUUACAUGGCUCCUGAAUACAUAAGCACAGGUAGAGCUAGUAAGGAAUCCGAUGUAUUUAGCUUUGGGGUAGUUGCCUUGGAAAUUGCUACCGGCAGAAAGGCGAUUGAUCCUUUGAAACAGGACUCCCAAAUGAGUUUGGUUCAUUGGAUUUGGCAUCUUUAUGAAAGUGGAGAGCAUCUAGUGGCUGUUGAUGAGAGACUUAAUACAGAGUUUGAUAGGACUCAGGUAGAAUGUUUGAUUAUUGUUGGAUUGUGGUGUGCUCACCCUGAUAGCAGUAUGAGGCCUUCGAUAAGGCAAGCGAUUCAAGUCUUCAAUUUUGAGGCAGAACUUCCAGAGCUUCCAAAGAAGAUGCCUGUUCCUGUUUACGUUCCCACUUCAUCUGUCAGUUCUAGUGAACCUUCCACAACUAAUUCAAGCCUUCAAUUUGGUCGCUGAGCAGGUUCACAUCUGAGUCUCAAGCAAAAUUGUCCUGUUUAUUUUAAUGUUGUUUGUUGUUCAAUUAAAACAUAUUGAUUGUGAGCAUCAUAGCCGGUGUUGAUGGAAUAAAUGUCUCAGCAGUACUUGGAACUUAGUCUAGGAUCAGUCUGGGAUCCUUCAAUUCAUAUUUCUUAUUUUGAUAUACCUGUUACUA